AUUAUGUCCCCAGUUCAGAUUCGGCAAGGUUGCCACUAAGUUAAAAGUAUCGAUAUAUCGUUAUUCUAACACAACCAUGUAUACUUAACAAUCGAUAGGCGGCACUCGAUAUUGUAAAGAACAGCCGGCAUAAUCACCGCGUUCUAGAUUUUGUUACUCGGAAAAUCAUAAACAAACAAAAAAUGAGGGAAAAAGAUUUAAAACGUGCUUAUAACAACGUUUUGGCUCAAACCAUUUCGACAUCACAGAAGUUCCUGUUUGCUGGCAAUCUUUUUGGAGAUAUUUUUGUCCUCAGCUUAAGCGAGCUGGAUAAGUCCACGGAGGAACCGCCCAAUAAGCUACAGGUAUUCUCACAGGGCAGCGAUGUCGACGUCAAUUGCCUCGCUUUCCAUCGCGACUUUCUCAUAGUAGGCGCCAUUGGACUCAUCUACGGCGUGCAGUGGGACGAGGAGGAGCAAACGUUGAGCACAAAACGUGCCUGGGAAAUCAAAAUACCCUUACAGGUGGAUGCCGUUGAGGUGCCUGAUGUCAACUCCUUCUGGCUAUGCACCGAAACGGAUACCCUGUACGCAGGCUGUGGCAAUGGUGUAGUCUAUCAAAUUGAUCUGGAGGAUGGACGCAUACAGCGCGAAUAUCGCGGUCACACGGACUAUGUCCAUUGCGUUGUCGGCCAACCGGAUGGACGCAUCUACUCUAGCGCCGAGGAUGGCACUGUUCGACUCUGGAGCGACAAGCAAAAGGAACCCACAGCAAUGAUAGAGCCGUACAAAAAUCCGCAACUGCUGCGUCCGGAUUGGGGCAAGUGGAUUGGUGCCGUGUCUGUCAACGAUGACUGGCUUGUGUGCGGCGGCGGUCCACGUGCGGCCAUUUGGCAUCUGCGCUCUAUGGAAUGCACACGCGUUUUUUACUAUCCCGGCCGCGUGCAUGUGUGCGAAUUUGUGGAUGACACGGUGCUGAUUGGCGGCGAACAUAACCACGUACAGUUCUAUACGAUCAACGGCACGAUGCAGGCUAACAUUCCUGUCGAGCACACGGCCAGCUACUCUGCGGUGUGGCAAAUGAGUCCCUUCAAGUUCAUGUCGAUUGCUGGCUUCAGCAACAAGUUGCACAUACUGAAGGAUUUUCACUUUCUCGAUAGCAAAAUUGAAAUGUACGGCAAUUUGCAGGGUGACGACGUGGAGAAUGAAGAGGAGGAGCAGUAUAAUGACGAGGACGAUGGCGAGAAUGAUACGUUUUAGCUUCCAAAUGC